CCAAUCCCCACUCUCACAACCUCGCAACCACACCAGAUCACACAUCCUACCACCACUCACGUCCAGUUCAUAUCACCUCACCUCCAUCCGCCGUCGCUGGCUGACGUGCCUCUACCCGGAUCCAUGUUGGAAGUUCUCUUCUCCUUCUUCCACACCAUAGCCAUGAUCACAAAGACGCUCUCCUAUGCCGCCGCAGGUGCCUUUGCCCUCCUGGCACUGGCAUCGCCCCGCUCCCAGAGGGCUCGCAUGUACCUCAACAUCGUCGUGUACGUGUCCUCGCUGGGGAUCUGCUCCAUGAUCGGACUGGUCACCUCCAUUGUGAUGAACUUCAUCCCCAGCCAGAGACUCAACAAUAAUUUCCUCGUCGCACGAUGCUUUUACCUCAUCGCUGGCACGCUCACAGGUGUCAGGUUCACCGUAGAAGGAGAGGAGAACUUCGAAAAGGCUAGGCCAUCUGUACUCGUCGGCAACCACCAGAGCAGUAUGGACAUCCUCUACCUCGGCAGAAUCUUCCCAAAGGUCGCCAGUAUCAUGGCCAAGCAGGAGCUCAAGUACGCUCCCCUCCUUGGUCAGUGGAUGUACCUCUCAGGAGCAGUCUUCAUCGACAGAAAGAAUCGUGGCGAUGCAGUAAAGACUUUCGACCAAGUCGGAGCAGCUAUGAAGAAGGACAAGCUCUCCCUCUGGGUCUUCCCCGAAGGCACCCGUUCCAAGCUGCCCGUACCGGACUUGCUUCCAUUCAAGAAGGGCGCCUUCCACCUCGCCCUGCAAGCACAAGUCCCCGUAGUCCCCGUCGUGUGCGAAAACUACCACCGUCUGUUUGACUCCAAGACUCGCUUCGAGUCAGGAACCAUCCGCAUCAAGGUUCUCCCGCCUGUAGAGACCAAGGGGAUGACCGCGGCGGAUGCAACGGCUCUGACGGACAAGGUCAGGCAGCAGAUGCUCGACGCUCUGAUCCAGAUGGACACCGAGAGGGAAGAAUUUGACGUCAGCUCCACUGCCGACCAGCCCUCCUCGUCCGUCGUAGGCAGCAGUUCUGCGCGCGCUAGUGGAGCCAGUCUUAGUGUGGGCUCUAAUGUCGCGCGAGGGGAGCGUGGCCUGGGCGGUAUCGCGGGGUGGAUGGGCAAGCUAAUUGGUACGGGCUCAGGCAGGGACACGGACAGGAAGGCAGCUCGGGAUGCUGAGCGACUCAAGACCAAGGGGAGCAGCGGGCAACGACCCGAGGACUACCAUCUGGUCAGCGAAGCCCAGCGUCGAAGUGCCGGCGAUGAGGCGACACAGCAGGAUCAGCAAACGAGUCAGGCCAAGGCUACGGGUACGCAGGAGACGCAGGCUAGAGAAGGACUGACGCAGAGGAGUACAGGCGGUGGUGGUAAUGGUGAUGGGAAUGGAAGUGUGGAGAGCGAUGAGACCGAGGGGAGCACAGUUCUCGUAGAGGCACCUCAGUGAGCGGCUGUCCUGCAUCUGACGGGGAAAGGACUCGAGAGCGCCCUCAUAGGUGGGGUCGGGAAAGGAAAGGCAAAGAGGAGGGCUACGCAAGGCAGUCUCCGACUGGAGAUCAAGAUGAUGAAAGCAGAGAAACCCGUCCCCACCCACACACAACGGGAUUCUGCCACCGCGCUGCUCUAGGUGCGACAGAAUCAUCAAGCACACGCCCUAACGAGGAGUGAGUUUCGCGUGUACUCGGGCCAAUGGGUCAGAAGGGUGGCAGCGCUAUGUAGGGACAAGAGGGAAAGGGAGGGAAGUGGGGCUGUAUGGACAUCUGUAGAAGGGAAGGACGGGCUGCGCUACCUCUAACUCCCUUCUGGCUCCCUUCCUCUCUUCAUGUGGACCUUGUAACUUUUCUCAUCGCCAGCGUCCCCACUCCUUCACCCCCCUCUUCGUGUCCUUUCAAAUACGACUCAUUUGCGUACCCCAUUGAAGUCUACUUCA